AUGGUGGUGAGCGCGUAUGAGGAGGAGAGGAUGGCGAGGAUGGCGGAGAAUAAGAAGAUCAUGAUGAGCUUGGGGAUAGAGGACAACAUGAUCCCUCUCGAUCCUCUCCAGAGCAGGAGGAGGGAGAAGAAGAGUUCGUCUGUGGCUGAAGGAGGAGGACAUUGCGAUCUCUCAGGCGAGUCUACGACCGAGGCGGGGAACAAGAGGCUGCCCGCGAAGAAGAAGUUGAAGCGAGAGGAAGACUGGGAUAUGGAGCCUCUAAGACGUUCUACAAGGCUCAGGACCCGAGGGGAACUUGUGAGCCUGCCUGAUGACUGGAAGGAAGGGACCUUCAGGGGUGACGUCAGCGAUGAUGAACUGGCAACAGAUCACAAGAGACAGAGGUCAACGGGCAAGAGAGCUGUCUACGUGAAAAGAGAGAACGGAGGCGAUGAACAUGAUGACGACGUGAAGGAGGUGACGCCGUCGAUCGUUGAGGACAGGAAACCUGCCUCCUCGGACUCUUCGAGGAAUCUCCAUGCUGACCUUCACUUGCUAGAGCCCGUGGUCGGCCGGAGAGUUCCGGGGGGACAUGUGAAGGCUGGAGUGAUGGAAUUCGUGAGCCCGAAAUGUCGACCCAAGUUCAGCAAGUAUGUAGGAGUGCAAGAAUGGAAGAACGCCAUCUUCCUGAUGAUGAACAUCGCCUACGGGAACAGCUAUGCAAACACCUUCAUCGACAUGGACAGCAGGAUGCAAGUCACUUACUACCUGAGUGAGAAGACCAAGCCUGAAGCUCCGAUCAUCCCGAAACUCGUCAAGUUCUCCAAGUACAACGGUGAAGCCGACAAGGGGCAGCCCUUCUCUGUACAUCUCUUCUGCCGGCCCGCCCCGGAGUCAGUGAAGCUUGCCAAUCUCGACAACUCGGACUAUGUUUAUUGCGGGCGACUGAAGUUCCUGAAGAAUGACGUGAGCAGAUGCCCCAUAGAGUUCUUGUUUGAGCUUGUAGACUAUGCUGCCCUCAAGAAGAGUCCAGAUUUCCAAGCACUUCUUGAUUUGCUCAAGGAAUAG